ACGCUUCCCUCCUCUCGGCUUGUCAGUGGAAUCCAACGUUUUUGAGCCUCCAUCGGAAUAAAAAAAGCACAGGAGAGAACAACUCUAAAGUUGUGAAUCCUGCGUCUUGAAGAGGAUAAAACAUCACAUUAGAGCGUCCUUUUUUGUCAUUUUUGGAGGAAUUUUCUCUUUGAAGCUUUAACUGAAGAAAAGGAGAUGAUGCUGUGGAGCAUCUUUCUGCUGUUGAUGCUUUGGAGGUGUGAGGGUGCGACAUUGGCAGAAACUCGUGAUGACAACAGCGUGUAUGACUUAUUCGAUCUGGUGCGAGUCAACAAAAGACACAACGGGGUGACUCUGGUCAAAGGCGCUGACCCUUACAGCCCAGCGUACAAGGUCCUCAACGCAGACUUAAUCCCCCCGGUUCCUGACAACUCCUUCGGGGACCUCAUUGACUCCAUCCAAUCCGAGAGGGGCUUCAUUCUCCUGGUGAACCUGAAGCAAUCCAGGAAGAACCGAGGAAGCCUUCUCACCAUAGAGAAGAAAGAUGGAUCCGGUCCGGUGUUUGAGAUCAUCUCCAACGGCAAAGCCAAUACGUUGGAUGUCUUCUACUCCACCGGGAACCAUCAGCAGCUGGUGUCCAUCGAAGAAGCCCACUUAGCCACAGGACACUGGAAGAACAUCACGCUCUUCGUCCAGGAUGACCGUGUGAAGCUUUUUGUGGGCUGUGAGGAGAUUAAUGUGUCCGAGAUGGACGAGUCCAUCCAGAAUGUGUUGUCCCUGGAACUGGCGGACACCUCCAGGCUCAGGAUUGGGAAGGGAGUCGCGAGGGAGAAAUUUAUGGGAGUGCUUCAGAAUGUCAGGUUCGUCUUUGGGACGUCUCUGGAGACCAUCCUGAGAAAUAAGGGAUGCCAAACUGGAGCAACUUUGACCGAUGUCCUCACUCUGGAAAACCCAGUGAACGGUUCCAGUCCGGCCAUUAGGACUGAUUACACCGGCCACAAAACCAAAGAUAUGCAGUCUUUUUGCGGCCUCUCUUGCGAGGACAUCGCAGGCAUGUUCAAGGAGCUGCGGGGACUCGGCGUCGUGGUUAAGCAUCUCUCCAACGAGAUUCGUAAAGUGUCUGAGGUCAGCGCCGAGAUUCAAAGUCAAAUCAAAAACCACAACAGUGUAUGCACCCACAACGGGAUCGUAUACAAGGACAAAGACGAAUGGACGGUGGAUGACUGCACUGAGUGUACCUGCCAGGACUCUGCCACUGUAUGUCGAAAAAUCUCCUGCCCUCUGAUUCCCUGUGCCAACGGCACCGUGCCAGAGGGAGAGUGCUGCCCACGUUGCGGCAAUCCAAGUGACUCCGCAGAAGAUGACUGGUCCUCUUGGUCUCAGUGGACCCAGUGCUCCGUAACAUGCGGUCGGGGCAUCCAGCAGCGCGGCCGUUCCUGCGAUCGCAUCAACAGCAACUGCGAGGGAACCUCAGUCCAAACCCGAGACUGCUUCCCUCAAGAAUGCGACAAACGCUUCAAACAAGACGGAGGUUGGAGCCAUUGGUCUCCCUGGUCCUCAUGCUCUGUGACCUGUGGGGAAGGAGUCAUCACCCGCAUCCGCCUCUGCAAUUCCCCCACACCUCAAAUGGGAGGCAUGGAAUGCCAAGGAGAAGGACGGCAGACUGAAAUCUGCCACAAGUCACCUUGUCCUAUUGAUGGAGGUUGGGGACCAUGGUCGCCAUGGGACACUUGCACAGUUACGUGUAAUGGAGGCAUCCAGACCCGCACACGUCUCUGUUCCGAUCCUGUUCCCAAAUACGGAGGAAAGGAUUGUGUUGGGGAAACCAGCAUGUCUCAAUUGUGCAACAAGCAAGAUUGUCCCAUUGACGGUUGCCUCUCCAAUCCGUGCUUCCCUGGCUCCAAGUGUACCAGCUUCCCAGAUGGCUCGUUCAAGUGUGGCAAGUGUCCAAUCGGCUACACCGGAAACGGCGUCACCUGCAAAGACAUCGAUGAGUGUAAAGAAGUCCCCGACGCUUGCCACACGCAAAACGGAAUCCAUCGCUGUGAGAACACCGAGCCAGGUUACAAUUGCCUGCCUUGCCCUGCACGUUACUCCGGUCCUCAGCCUUUCGGAAGGGGAGUGGAACAAGCGACGGCUAAAAAACAGGUUUGCAAACCACGUAACCCUUGCCAGGAUGGUAGCCACAACUGCAACAAAAACGCCAACUGCAUCUACUUGGGCGUCUUUUCCGAGUCCAUGUUCCGCUGUGAGUGCAAGCCAGGGUAUGCUGGGAAUGGACAUAUCUGCGGAGAAGACACUGACCUGGAUGGAUGGCCCAACUCGGAUCUGUUGUGUGUGGCGAAUGCAACCUACCACUGCAAAAAGGAUAACUGCCCCAACCUUCCCAACUCUGGUCAGGAAGAUCAUGACAAGGAUGGCCUUGGUGAUGAAUGUGACCACGAUGAUGACAAUGAUGGUAUCCCUGAUGAUAGAGACAACUGCCCACGAGUGUACAAUCCCGCCCAGUAUGAUGCAGACAGGGACGAUGUUGGCGACAGCUGUGACAACUGCGUGUUUGAGGCCAACACUGACCAGACUGACACUGAUAAUAACGGAGAGGGAGAUGCCUGUGCUGUGGACAUUGAUGGCGAUGGUAUUCUGAAUGAGAAUGACAACUGCCCAUAUGUUUACAAUGUGGAUCAGAGGGAUACAGACAGGGACGGAGUGGGGGACCACUGUGAUAACUGUCCACUGGAGCACAACCCUGAUCAGAUCGACUCGGACUCAGAUCUCGUGGGAGACAAAUGCGACAACAACCAGGACAUUGACGAGGACGGACACCAGAACAAUUUGGACAAUUGUCCUUACAUCCCGAACGCUAACCAAGCUGACCACGACAAGGACGGCAAAGGCGACGCCUGUGACCACGAUGACGACAAUGACGGCAUUCCCGAUGACAAGGACAACUGCCGCUUGGCAUUUAACCCGGAUCAGCUGGACUCUGAUGGCGAUGGCCGAGGCGAUGUCUGUAAAGACGAUUUCGACCAAGACAACGUCCUGGACAUUUAUGACGUUUGUCCGGAGAACUUUGCUAUCAGUGAAACCGACUUCCGCAGAUUCCAGAUGGUUCCUUUGGAUCCUAAAGGCACCUCCCAAAUUGAUCCCAACUGGGUGGUCAGACAUCAAGGCAAGGAGUUGGUACAGACUGUCAACUGCGACCCGGGCAUUGCUGUUGGUUUUGAUGAGUUCAGUGCCGUGGACUUCAGUGGAACGUUCUUCAUCAACACAGAUCGCGAUGACGACUACGCCGGUUUUGUGUUCGGCUACCAGUCCAGCUCUCGAUUCUACACGGUCAUGUGGAAACAGAUCACGCAGACGUACUGGUCUCACACUCCCACGAGGGCUCAAGGCUACUCAGGGCUGUCAAUCAAAGUGGUUAACUCUACCACUGGGCCUGGUGAGCACCUGAGGAACGCCCUGUGGCAUACCGGAGACACACCUGGUCAGGUACGCACACUGUGGCACGACCCUAAGAACAUCGGUUGGAAGGACUUCACCGCCUACAGAUGGCACCUUACCCAUAGACCAAAGAGUGGACUUAUUAGAGUGGUGAUGUAUGAGGGAAAAAGAAUCAUGGCCGACUCUGGAAACAUUUAUGAUAAAACCUACGCUGGGGGACGACUGGGCUUGUACGUCUUCUCUCAGGAGAUGGUUUACUUCUCCGACCUUAAAUAUGAAUGUAGAGAUGCAUAAUACAACGAAGCCCGUCUGAAGAACGACUUCCUGUUUUGAAGCAAUGCACAUCGGAGCAACGACGGUAGCGUGAGGUAACGUGACCUCAGGAGACUUUAAAGCCAAAGCAAAGUUCAAUGAUAUUUCUGCACCGAUUUUGAGCACGGCUCCGCUCAAAAGAAUCUGAACCCCCCCGAAACCCCCCGUCCCCCUCGGGGGGUGCACAUUUAUCGCUUUGCACACCUGAACUUUACUGGUAUCUUUCUACGGAAGAAAAAAUGAAAGGGAACAUUCCUUCAGUUUUCUUUUCAUCUUUGAGCAUUAAUUUUACAUCUGCUGUGUACUCGUUUUUUUUUUUUGAAGAACGCAGUAUGAGAACUUUCUUUGGCUGGGGGGGGGGGGCACGUAUCUUCUCUACCCCUCCUCAAAAGGAACCAUAGUUGGGGAUGACUGUUACAUCGCAGAUUAUGAAUGUGAUUUGAGUGAAUGUGUGAAGUGUUUAAAAAGAAGGCAUUUUUUUUUCAGUCACCCCCCCCCCCCCCCCCCGCACCCCCAACUGUCAAUCAAGAUCUGUAUUAUUAAAGGUCUUGUACAUAUAUUAUCGGAAUAACCAAACAUUAGAACAUCUCAGGUUAAGCACAAAAAAAGGAGAGCACAGGGCCCCAGAGAUAAUAUAUCUAUGAUAUUUUUUAUGAAGAUAUGGACAAAAAGAUAUAGAUGUGGACAUUACAGAUGGGCAUACUAAUCAUACUAAUCAAUCAUGAAACGCCCAUCCUUAGUCAACAGCAAGAUCAGUCUACUGUCUACAGUCUAACUUGACGUUAAUAGUUCAAGUUAGUCCAUGUGUGUGUUAGUUAAUUAUAUAUUUAAUUUAAAUUUAAGUAUUAAUUUAAAUUUUAAUUUAAAUAUUAAAUUAAAAUUAAAACUAAAAUUAAAUUUAAUAUUUUGAUUAAUUGUUUUUAUUUAAAUUUAAAAAAAUAAAUUUUUAAUUUAAAUUAAUUUUAAUUUUAAUUUUAAUUUUUAACAUUUAAAUUAAAUAUAUAAUUAAGUUAAUUAGUUAAUUAUAUAUUUAAUUUAAAUUUUCACCAUCCCCGUUUCACCGUGGUGUGCCUGAGCUUGUGUGUGUAAAAAAAAAACAAACAAAAAGGAUAUCCUUUAAGUACAAAUAUUACCUCAAUAUUUUUUUUUUUUGCAUUGAGGCCAGCAAUAGACACAAAUCACUUUUCUUAGUAUAAAUUGGAUGGCUUCAAUUUUUGUCUUCAUUCGUUUCUUUUUUUUUUUUUUUAGUCUUUUUUGCAAGACUGUACUAUCAAUCAUGUGCUGUACAUAUAUAAAAUAUUUUUAUAGGAGGGAGAAAAAAAAAAGAAGCCCAAACAGGAACAAUUAUAUUGUGCUAUGUGUAUUUUUUCACUGCCUUUUUGGAUAAAUUAUUCAGAUGUUGAAGUUAUUUGUGUACAUAUAUGCUAUUUAAAUAAUUUAUCUAGAAGCCUCAUGGAAGCGUUUCUGUCUGUAUAAACUUAUUUGCACACUGAUAUGAGGAUGUCUUUUUAUGUGGUACUUUUGAUGUCUUUGACGCUUUUCUAUAUACGCUUUUUUUUUUUUAACAUACAAAAAAAAUAAGUGCUGUUUAUACUCCUCUUUGUUAUUUUGAUAUGUCAAAUGAACAAUAAACACUUUG